CCUCCCCCUUCCGCGCCCAGCGCCCAGCGGCCAUGGCGGGCGUGGGCUGGGGCCCGGUGCCCGUGUGGCUGUCCGAGGAGGACCUGGGCUGCGUCAUCUGCCAGGAGCCGCUCAGAGGGCCCAGCACCCUGCCCUGCGGGCACAGCUUCUGCCGGGACUGCCUGCGGGAGCUGUGGGCGAAGGGGCAGGGCGCGGGGGCCCGUCCGAGCUGGUGCCCCACCUGCCGCGAGUCCUGGCCGGCGCCGCUGCAGCUGCGCAAGAACCCGCUGCUGCAGGAGCUCGCGGACAAGUUCCGCCGCGCGGGGCCCGCGCCCGCCGCGCCGCCCGCGCCCGCGCCCGCGCCGCCAGUGGCCCAGAAUGGCAAUUCUACAGUCGGUCUAGAGCUGACAGAAGUUGUGAAACAGCUUAUAGAUACUGCCAGCAACCUUCAAAGGGAGAUACAACGCUUACAACCUGGACCAGACGAUGAACCAAACUCCCUGGACAUGCAAGAUACUUUUGAAACAUGUGGAAAGAAAGUGCAGUUUUAUCUGCACCAACUGGAAGAGAUCCAGAGGAAAUUACAAGAGAACUUCAAGUGCAAGGAGAACUUUGAAGAACAACCUGUUGGAGAACUCCCAGCAACACCAUCUUCCUCUUCAUGUCCACUUCCUGACCCGAAGAACUCUGCUCCCAAGAGGGCCUCCCGCUUUGCUCAAUACGCCGUUCAUCUAACCUUUGACUACAAGAGCCUCUGCGACCGUCUGCAGGUGUCUGAGGAUCGCCGGACUCUGACGGUGUCUAAGUACCGGAUGCCGUAUCCCCGGAGUCCUGAGAGGUUCACAGUCUGCCAGGCCUUCUGUUCCCAGGCCUUCACGUCCGGACAGCAGUACUGGGAAGUGGAUACUCAGCACUGCAGCUCUUGGAGUAUUGGGGUGGCUUCUAGGGGGAUGAGCCGCAACGAGACCCUGGGAAGGACCCGGGAUUCCUGGUGUGUCGAGUGGAAGGGAACCAACCAGCUGUCUGGGUGGUGCAUGCAAAAGGAGACAGUCCUUGGCUCAGACAGACCCAGGGUGGUGGGCAUCUGGCUGGACCUGGAGGAAUGUAAACUUGCCUUCUAUUCAGUAGCUGAUCAGGAAGAGCUUCUGUAUGAGUGUCCCAUCUGCCCCUCCUAUACUCUGCACCCUGCCUUCUGGCUCUAUGGCCUAGAGCCUGAGAAGUUUCUUACUCUAAGGCCAGUGGGGAUGUAAAGAUUCCUCUGGUGUAAAAACCUGGUUUUGACCUAGGUGUGGCCCAAAAACCAAAAGGAAAAAAAAAAAAGAAUCCAAGUUGUGGGCCAGGGAGAUAGGACAGUGGGUAAAGAACUCCCUUUCAUGCAGCUGAUCCCAGUUUAACCAUUGGUACCAUAAACGGUCCCCUGAGCACUGCCAGGUGUGGUCCUUGUGUGACUACAGAGGUCCCUGAGUGAACAUAGAGCCAGAGGUAAAACCCUGAACGCAGCUAGGUGUGCCUCAAAACAAAACCAAACAAAGAAGAAUCAAAGUUGUGGGCUAGGGGUUAAGGUGUGUACCUUGUAUGUGGCUGACCCAGACUUGAUCCCUGAAAUUGCAUAUGUUCCCCUGAGCACCACCAGGGGUCCCUCCUGAGCAAAAAGCCAGGAUUAGCCUCUGAGCACUGCGUGGUGUGACAUCCCCCACCCUGCUUCCCCAAAAAGAAUUCAACUUGUGAAAUUUAGGGAUACAUGGAAAAAGGUUAAUUUAAGCAAACUUAGGGCCAGAGAGAUGGUACAAGGGGCACCUGCUAUACAUGCAGCUGACCCAAAUUUGAUCCCUUGUACUGCAAGGUUGCUUGAGCACUGCCUGGUGCAACCUCUGAGCACAGAGUCAGGAGUAGUCUCCCAGCAUCGCCAAAUAUGGCUUAAUGCUCCCCCCACAAAAAAAAAUAUUAACAGGCUUGGGAUGUUUAAAUAUAGCACAUUCCUGGGGCUGGAGCGAUAGCACAGCGGGUAGGGCAUUUGCCUUGCACGCGGCCGACCCGGGUUCGAAUCCCA